ACAAACAGACAAAUAACCCCCAGCCUGGCAACUCUGUUUGGACCAAAGACCGAAAAAAAACCUAACCUAAAUACAUACAUGCAAAUAAAAAGAAGCAACUAAAUAUACCUAGAACGAACAAAAAAAAUAACAAUUCACGAAUUUUAUUAAGUAUAGUAUAUUUGUGUUGAAAAAUGCCCAAUAAAGAAAUCGAAACAAAUGAAAAUAAGGAUACGACGCUAGAAAAGAAAUCCACGGAAGGCGAUGUCGUCAGUGCAAACAGCAAAAAGUCGGAAAAUGUAAGCGGCGAUGAUGGUGCAAAUAAAAACUUGGUGGGCAUUAAGGAAGCGGCAGCUAGCGAUAAUGAUACCGAGAAAAAGAAACCUCCUGCAAUUGUAAAUUUAGCUGCCGAUUUGAAUCUGCUCAACAGACAAGACCUGCUGCAGGCCGUUUCCGAUGUCGUCUCUGGCCAAAGUCGCCAGACAAAAUUUGCCUUUUGGUCAACCCAACCAGUGCCUAAACUCUACGAAGAGAUUACGACAAAUGAAUGCAUUGAACCAGACAAGGAUAUUUCAGAAAUACGGCCGGAUCCGUAUGCCCUACCCGAAGGUUUCAAAUGGGACACCUUGGACUUGAAUAACAGUAGCGAUCUAACCGAAUUGUAUACACUGCUUAAUGAGAACUAUGUGGAGGAUGACGAUGCCAUGUUUCGCUUUGACUAUCAACCCGAAUUUCUCAAAUGGUCUCUGCAAUCGCCUGGCUGGAAACGUGACUGGCAUCUGGGAGUGCGUGUUGUGAAAUCGGGCCGCCUGGUGGGAUUCAUCUCGGCCAUACCCAGUAAUCUGAGAGCUUAUGAUAAGGUUAUUAAGGUGGUGGAAAUCAAUUUCUUGUGUGUCCACAAGAAGCUGCGUAGCAAGCGUGUGGCCCCAGUAUUAAUUAGGGAAAUAACGAGGCGUGUCAACUUGACGGGCAUCUUCCAGGCUGCCUAUACGGCUGGUGUGGUUCUGCCCAAACCGGUGGCGACGUGUCGCUACUGGCAUCGUUCCUUGAAUCCAAAGAAACUUAUCGAGGUCAAGUUCUCGCAUUUGGCCCGAAACAUGACAAUGCAGCGUACAAUAAAAUUGUACAAACUACCCGAUCAACCCAAGACUAAAGGUUAUCGCCGCAUCGAACCCAAAGAUAUGGACAAAGCUCUUAAGCUAUUCGAUGAAUACAUGAAAAAGUUCAGUCUGUGUCCUGUGUUCAGCAAGGAGGAGUUCCGUCAUUGGUUCACACCCAAGGAGGGCAUUAUCGAUUGCUUCAUUGUCGAGGAUGACAAAGGCAAUAUAACCGAUCUAACAAGUUUCUAUUGUUUGCCCUCGUCUGUGAUGCAUCAUCCGGUGCACAAAACCCUGCGUGGAGCCUAUUCGUUCUAUAAUAUUUCCACCAAAACCCCCUGGUUGGAGCUGAUCAAUGAUGCCCUUAUCUCAGCCAAAAACAUACAAAUGGAUGUCUAUAAUGCCCUCGAUUUGAUGGAGAACAACACAUUCUUGAGGCCAUUGAAAUUUGGGCCCGGCGACGGAAAUUUGCAAUACUAUUUGUACAACUGGCGGUGUCCCAGUAUGAAGCCCCAAGAUGUUGCUUUGAUCCUAAUGUAGAUGAUUCCUCCUGCCUCAGAUGAUUAUCGUUUUGAGUAAUGCCGAAAUAAAAAGAAAAAAGAACAGAACACACGCGCAUGCAUGUAUACAUAUUGUAUUUUUUAAUAAAGUUUAGUUUCAUAGUGCCCAAAAAAAAAAAAACAGAA